AUGACGACCGCCACAGCGGCGCCGCUGCUGCCGUUCGAGCAGCAAAUGCUGAGCGAGCUGCAGCAAGCAGGGGACGCCCUUGUGAUCAUGGCAGCUGGCCUUACGUGGCACAAGGCAGCCGCCGCGCUUAUUUGCCGGCACAUGGGAUACCCGCUGCCUAGUGGUAGGCAAUUUCCGCCUCCAUCGCAACCACGACGGCAGCAGCAGCAGCAGCAGCAGCAGCAGCAGCAGCAGCAGCAGCAGCAGCAACAGCAACAACACGGCACAGCUCCAACCUCACCUGCUGGUGCCGCCGCUGAGGAGGGCGGGUUGCAGCAGAAGCAGCAGGAGCAGCAGCAGCAAGAGCACGAAGACAAGCAGCAGCAGCAGCAGCAGCAGCAGCAGCAGCAGCAGCAGCAGCAGCAGCAGCAGCAGCAGCAGCAGCAGCGGGAGCAGGAGCAGGAGCAGGAGCAGGAGCAGGAGCAAGGCCAGGGCCACGAGCGGCGCGGGGCGCUACUGAUCAUAGGCGCUACGUCAGGGCAGCGCGCCCUGGUGGCGGCAGAGGUGGACCGUCUGGCACCCGGGGCGCCCGCCCCGGUAGAGAUCACGGCUGAGGUUGCCAGCGUGGAGCGAUACCGCCACUACUGCUCCGGAGAGGCCUGCUUCGUGACGACGCGCAUCCUGGUGGUGGACUUUCUUAGCGCACGUGUGCGCGGCGCCAUGGUGGCGGGCGUGCUUGUGGCCAAUGCCCACAAGGUGACGGAUGAGAGCGGAGAGGGCUUUGCGGUGCGACUGUACCGCCAAGGACGACCGGGGGGCCCACUCACCGCCUUCAGUGAUUCGCCUCACGCGUUCAGGAUGGGCUUCAACAAGGUGACCAGGGGCAACGGGCCAUCAGGGGCCAAGGGGCGCGGCAUGACGUGCUCCCUGCAAGGCUUCAUGCUGGGGAACCUGGAGAAGGUCAUGCGUUCCCUGCAGUUGCGCAAGCUCCUGCUGUACCCCCGCUUCCAUGACGCAGUGGCGCGAGACCUUGGGGACGACCCCGCAGAGCUCGAGGAGUGGGAAUGCCCCAUCAGCGACGGGCAGCGCGCCAUCUUGGAGGCCAUCGCGGCGGUGCUGGGCGCACUGCUCAGGGACCUGGCCCGCUCCAACAGGGUGGACAUCUCCGACCUCCUUCCCUCGGACGCCAGCCCCGCAGCCUUGCUGUCGCGCAACCUGGCAUCUGCGGUGCGGCGCCAGCUCGACUCGACCUGGAACGCGCUCCCCUGGCGGGCGCGGCAGUCGGUGGCAGACCUGACUACGGUGCAGGGGCUGGCGGCAGUGGCCAUGGACUGCGACGCCGUCACCCUGCUCAGCCACCUGGAGAACCUUCGCCAGAGCGAGGCGGUGCGCAGCGUGUGGAUGUUCAUGGACGGGGCCCGCGCCAUGUUCAGCCAGGCGCGCAGGAGGGUCUACGUCACAGAGUCGGGUGCCGACACGGCGGAAGGGGGAGGGGCCCAAGCUACGACUGCCGGCAGCACGGGCAGGCAGGGGCGCAGAGGGCGCGGCCGUGGGCGUGCGGCGCAGGGCGGGGCGGAGCAGCACCAGCGGGCAGUCGAGGGAGAGGACCGAGGAACGGCAACUGGCGGACGCAGCAGAGCCCGAGGCCGCGGUGCCAACGGCCCCAAGCGGAAGGUACCCGGUUCCUCCGGCAGCGGCAGCAGCGACGACAGCAGCAGCGAUGAUGGCUGGCAAAGCGUUGGCGAUGGCGCCGGGCGGCGGCAACGGCGGCGCACCUCCCCGCCGGCCGCACCUGCCCCUGCCAGCGCUGCCACUGCCCCCGAAAGUGGGGCUGCCGGCGGCACUGGGCUGCGCAUAAUCCCCGUGCUGCAGCCGCCAUCCAAGUGGGCUGCGCUGGUGGAGGCCCUGGAUGACAUCCGGCGCGAGCGCCAGGAGAUGCGGCGGUACGCAGAGGCGCUCCCUCCAGCCGGCGAUGCAGGUGGGGCAUUGGCAGACCACCACCAUCAGCAGCAGCAGCAACAGCAGCAGCAGCAGCAGUCAGGCUCUGAGCAGUGGGAUGAGCCGGAUGACGAGGAGGACGAGCAGGCUGAGCGCAUCGGGACUGGCAAUGGCGCGGUGGAGGUGGUUGACCUGGUCAGCAGCGAUGGGGAGGGGGAGGCGGCGCCAGGCGGCAACCGCAGCGGCAGAGGCAAGCCGCUGCAGGGUAUGCAGCCGCAGCUGCCCUGGUACUCCCGCUACCCACGAUCCGCGCUGCUGGCAGCGACGGAUGCGCCAAUCCUGGUAGUGGUUCGUGAACCAGCUGCGGCGGAGCAGCUGCGUGCAGUGCUGGCGCGCGGCGGCGCGUCCGUCAUGCGCGACCAGUUCCAGAAGUACCUUGCGGCAAAGCUGGAGGGCGCAGCGGCUGCUGGCGGCGGCACCGCCGAGCGGCGGGCGCGUCGCGGGGGCGGCGGCGGUGGUGGCGGCGGUGGCAGCGGUGGUAGGGCUGCUGGCGACGGCGGCAGAGGGGCUGCAGCCGGAUCGCGUGGUGGCCAAGGCCGGGGCCAGGGCAGGGGCUUCCGGGGAGAUGGGAGGGCGCGUGGCCGGGGCCGGGGCUGGAGCAUGGACGAGGAUCGUGACAGGGUGGAGGAGAGGCGCGUCAUGAUGGCCGGCCCCGGCCUCACCCCAGCAGAGCACCAGGCGCUGCUGCACGAGGCGCGGCGCAUGAGGGAUGAUGCGGGGGAUGCGUGGCCGCCCACCACAGCAUUGGGUGCGGCAGCAGCUGGUGAACACCAGGGCGUGACAGCUGCCAGGGGCGGGCCGGUAGGCAGGGACAGAGAUGGCGGGGGCGGGCACAGCCAUGCUCAGCGCGACAGAAGCGGCGGCAGAGGCAGGGGUCAGAGGCGCGAGGCACGCACGGCGUCGGCGGCGGCUCACGAGGGGGACGACUCCCCGGGCCGGCUGCGGCAGCGGCACGACGACGCCUCCACAGGCGCCGACGACUCCGCUGCGGCUUGCGCGGGCGCCUCCACCGGCGUGGGUGCUGUUGCCGUCUCCCCUCGAGGCGUGGAGGUUGUGUCCCUGGAGGGGGGUGACCCCUGGAGCCUGUGGUCCCUGAGGCCAUCGGCCGUGGUGGCGUACGAGCCGGACCUGGCCCUGGUGCGGCGGCUGGAGGUCUACAAGGCGGAGGCGGGCCGUGUCCCCCUGCGCGUGCACCAGCUGUCGUACGAGGACGCACCAGAGGUGGCGGCCUUCCAGGCGGCAGCCAGCAGAGAGGUGGAUGCAUUCGACCAGCUGGCAGAGGGCCAGGCGCGGCUGGCGUUGCCCUUGGACAUGGGUGCACAGAGGUACCAACAGCUGGAGCCCUACCGGCUGGCCGACGAGGCCGCGGCCGCUCGCCUGGGCGGCGGCGCCGCGCGGCUGCUGCCUCCGCCCGGCUCCGACCCCUGGGGGCUCGACGUCUUCACCUCCAACGCCCUCACACGCAGCGGCGUUGGGGCAGGGCCGCUCGCGGCACACACGGCGCUCAGCACACGCGCUCAGCGGCCGGCGCCGCGGCUGUUGGUGGUUGAUGUGCGCGAGUUCAUGGCGGUGCUGCCGGGGGUGCUGCACCGGCAGGGGUUCCACCUGACCCCUGUCACGCUGGAGGUGGGUCGCAGUGGAGCGCGGUGA